CGGUUUGUUUUGAUUGUUCAUCAUUGAAAAUUCCAUCACCAAAGUCAGUCCGGAAAGUUUUUCAAAUAAUUGUGUAAAUUUACGUAUUAUCGUUCGAUUUUUGCGGUUUUCUACCUUUCCCAAUCAAAAUGAAUCGUUUAUUCGGCAAAUCGAAACCGAAAGAGCCCGGUCCAAGCAUCAACGAUUGCAUUCAGGGGGUCGACGCUAGGGCAGAUACCAUCGAUCAGAAAAUCAAAACCCUCGAUGCCGAACUCAGGAAGUACAAGGACCAGAUGGCUAAAAUGCGGGAGGGUCCUGCCAAAAAUGCUGUCAAACAGAAGGCGAUGCGGGUGCUGAAGCAGCGAAAACAGUACGAAAGCCAGGUGGAAAACCUACGGAACCAAUCGUUCAACAUGGAGCAGGCAAACUUUGCGGCCCAAACACUCAAGGAUACCCACGCAACCGUGGCGGCCAUGAAGGACGGCAUGAAGUCGAUGAAGAAGGAAUUCAAAAAGAUCAACAUCGAAGAGAUCGAAGACAUUCAGGACGAUAUGGCCGACAUGCUGGAACAGGCCGACGAGGUGCAGGAAGCGAUGGGCCGCACCUACGGCAUGCCGGAGCUCGAUGACGAUGAGCUGCAGGCCGAGCUGGACGCACUCGGUGAUGAAAUCGCGCUGGACGACGAUAGCAGUUAUUUGGAUGAUGUAGUGAAGGCGCCAGCAGCACCAGAUAAAGAACCUGGCGCAGAUAGUGUCACUAACAAGGAUGGCAUUCUGGUAGAUGAGUUUGGAUUACCGCAGAUUCCGGCCCAGGUGAAAACAACCUAAGAGUUUUAUCGCUAAAAAGUAAGUGUUCCUCCAAAUCCUCAUGUAAUUACUAACAGUCACGUAAAGUUUUGAUUUUCUAACAGCUUAAAUGUGAAACAAACAACAUGCGUUCAAUAAGUUAUGCUUAUAUUUAAAUCUAUUCACACCACACUACA